ACCAGUUGAAACGGAAAUACGGUAUGUGAUCAUUGGCAAGCCUACAUACAAGUAUGGCUUCCGAUUACGAUGUGUAUCGUGUGACUUUCAUGACUUUGAUUCACAAGAAAGAUAAGAUUAGCGAUGAAAUAAGAGGGAUGAGCAUAAGUGUACUUACUGAUAAGUUUGGCAUGAUUAACCGCUCAGUUGCUCACGAUACAUAUUCGACGAACCAUGUGCGAGUCGUUUUCGUCUGCUGUAACACUUGCGGAGUUAUUUACGUUCACAAUGACCUUAACAUUUUGAUUAAAGAAAUUAAUGUGAUUGAUGAGCGUCGUGCCUGCAUCGGAAAAGCUCACUUCCUUCUUGUAACUUUAAUAAGUUGUGUUAGGUUGCAAUUAGCAAUUCAUCACGUGUGCCUAACCCUAAAACAGUGUAAAGAAAAUGCAGGUAUGAAAUUAAGGAUACCUGUCGUUUCUGAUUUACGUCGUUCAGAAUCUUGGAAGAAAUGUGAAUCACAUGUGAAGAAAGUGAUUUUUUGUCUAUGCGUACACGAUUUAAUUGUGAAGCUGUACUUGUUAUUUAUGCUGAAAGAACUUGUUUUUAUGUUGUACACGGUUUCCAAGUUGAUGUCGUCUGCUGUGCCGCCUCAUUCGAUUGAAAGAUAACUGGUCUUUAAAAGUGCACCAGGUGUAUGAACGCUGUGCGUAUCUGCAUCGCCAAACAAUACGGUAUUUUGUUUUCUGUGUAUUUAUUGUGAUACAUUAUUGUAACGCAAUGACGUUUGCUACAGACCUAAGUAAAAUGUCUCCAAUGAUCUAUACAUUGUAUGGUUUUGCUAUAUUUUUCUUCGUGUUUUGGUGUGGAAAGUGGGGUGUGCAUCUCAUAGCAAUUUUUUAUGCAAAGUGGAGAUUACACCAGAAACCAAAUCAGUUGCCAAGUGAAACACCAUAUCCUGGAGUUUCAAUUUUAAAACCAUUAAUGGGUGUGGACUUGCAUUUAUUCAGUAACUUGGAAACAUUUUUCACCAUGAAUUACCCCCUUUAUGAACUUUUAUUUUGUGUUGAGGAUGAAAGUGAUCCUGCAGUGAUGCUUGUUAAUAAACUCAUGGAAAAAUAUCCAAAUGUGCAAGCAAGACUAUUUACUGGUGGUUUUAACGUUGGUGUGAAUCCGAAAAUAAACAACAUGCAGCCAGGUUUCAAGGAGGCUCAGUAUGAUCUCAUACUCAUAUCGGACAGUGGUAUUCGUAUGAAAGAAGAUACUCUGAUGGACAUGGUAUCGUACAUGAAAGAUGAUGUGGCAAUAGUGCAUCAGAUGCCCUUUACGUGUGACAGGGAGGGAUUUGCUGCCACUUUAGAGAAGAUUUAUUUUGGCACAGCACAGGCAAGAAUUUAUCUUGCAGCAGCUUUCUUGGGUGUGAACUGCCAUACUGGUAUGUCAACACUUAUCAAAAAACCACUGAUUGAUGAAGUUGGUGGUCUGCAAGCAUUUAGUUGCUACCUUGCUGAAGACUUCUUCCUUGCAAAAUCUUUGCGGGAGCGUGGCUGGAGGAUGUGUAUCAGUAGUCAACCAGCAUGGCAGAAUUCUGGGCAAUGUAACAUCUCUACAUUUCAGGCUCGGUUAACACGUUGGGCAAAGCUGAGGACUGCAAUGGUUCCACACACAAUUUUCUUGGAACCUAUGUCAGAAUGCAUGUUGCUGGGAGGCUGUGCAGCUUGGGCAGUCUCCUUCCUGUUUGACUGGGACCCAAUUGUCUUUUAUCUAGUGCACAUACUUGUGUGGUUUCUUCUUGACUGGCUGUUACUGACAAUUGUGCAGAAUAGUUCUCUACCUUUCAAUAAAUUUGACUUUGUUGUGGGUUGGCUGUUUCGUGAGCUAUCUUCCCCAUAUAUAUUUCUACAAGCUUUGUGGGAUCCAGCCAUAAGAUGGCGAGGGCGAACUUUCAAAUUACGGUGGGGAGGAAUAGCAGAAGAGCUCAAGCCUAAAGUGAAAGUUUGAAACUAUACUCGGUGGCAUUUUGUGUGUUCCUCGUGUUUUUAAUAGACCAACAAAUUAUGCUCAACAGAAAGUAAUAUAUAUUUCAUGUCUUCAGUGUAAACUGUUAACAUGAAUGAACUGUUCUGCUACAUGCAUUUGUCAAUUUCUUUUGAAGCUGAAAUUUUUACAAGUCACUUUUGUUUAAAACUGUAUUUAUGUAUAAAAAAAGUGGCUGCAGCUGUAGCAUACAAAAUGUGUCAGUGGUGCGUUAUGUAAAAUAUGUAUACUGGUGUUACAUAUGUCGUACAAAGAUUAUAUGAAGUCAUUAAGACCAUGCUUAGCCCAUGGAAAGAAAACGGCAUUUGACCACAUACUGUUUAAAUUGAAAUUGUGUUGAGAUUUCCCACAAGAAUUGGAAUUUUGACCCGUUUAAAUGUGUUUAUGUGUCCUGCACAGUUGAUUUCACAAAGAAAGAAUUUUAAUCUAAAAUGAACAGCAAAAUUUAAACAACAGAAAUUGUUCCAUUACCUCUAGGUGCUAUUUUUACAUCUUUUAAGUUUCAGUUAAAUGAAGUCAUAAUAUUCUGUACUUAAUAGCGAGGAAAGCUUAUUGAAGGUGAUGGACUUUUUGUGUUCAUUGUUUAAUAUUUGUAGGUUAAUGUCGUCUUAAAUAGCUUUAAAUCCCUCUAGUAUUCUCUUCAUAUAAUCUUUGUUUGUAUGAUACUGACUGUAUCAUAUUUUGUGUGUGUCUGUGUCAGAUUUCAGCACUGAACUGAAUACAUUUGGAGAGGAAAAAGUUCAAAUUAGUUGUUGCGAUGAUGGUGCUAUAAGAGUCACCUUUACAAAUUGUUUUGUUGUUCAUAGAAACCUUUUGUCAGUAUUCCUGUACAACAUGUUUCAUUUUCUCCAUUGCUAUUCUCUUAUUGGCUUAUUUUUUGUGUUGUAGUUGAAGCUUAAAACUUUCCAUCAUACAUAUGAAACUUGCAACAGAUUGUAUAGGUUAAAUGGAAGCUGUUAUUGAACAUAGUACUGUCCAUGAAUUUUUAGUUUGGAAAGUAAUUCACUCAUCUUGCCUUAUCACAGUCAUUAUUGUAUACUUCGUUAAUGAUUUUAUUAUUUUUGUUUUACACAAUUUACUAGGUAUUAGCUUUGAUCAGGUAACAUACAUGACGAAGACUUCAUUCUCUUAAUAGUGCAUCAUGUCCUGGUACACAUCUACUGGAAAGAAUGCUACGCUAGUAGUUUCUUGUUGAGUAGAGCAUCUCACUUCAUGUUCAGUGGAAUGUAUCAGACUUAAAGGUAUUUUAUAACAUAUUUCAUGGACAUUCUUUAAACAUACUGAUACAUAGUUGAAAAUGUGUACCUCAUUAUGCUGUAAAUGUUGAAGAAAUUCUUUCAUGUUGAUGGAAGUUGGUAAAGAAUCUCAAACAGUUACCACGGUGGUACUUCAUUUCGCAUGACAACUGCAGUUAUUGUGAAUUUUCAUUUUGAGACCAAAGUAUCUCAUUAGCCUAUAUGUGGCUUUAGCUCUUUCAACAUUCUCAUUUUUCAUUCAAAAUGUAUCUUCAUUUGUUGUUGUCCUUUCUUUCAUUCUGGUUUUUGUCAAGUUUUUUGUAUUUAGUUUCAGAAAAAUGUUCAGAUAUCAGUUACUUAAUUAUGAAUCAGUGCUUCAUUUGUGUUAUCAAAAUGUUGGUAGCACUGAUUCAUUGUGCACUUUUACUUAUCUGUUAAUGCAUUUUAAUAAUGAAGAGAUAUUUCUGAAGUAUUGGAACCUUGAAUAAUUUGACAUGUAAUGGGUUGUGUAGUAAUGUGCAAUAUAUUUAACAUUUAACCAUAGUUAAUUUUAUUAGCUGUGAGUUGUAUGUAUUGCAUAUAGAACUGGUAAAGAAUGACAUAAUUUAUCUUUGUUGCAUGUGUCUAGUAUAUAUUCAAAUGUACUUAAGUAUUCAAUUUAGAAUUUAGCUCCUGUUUACAGUGAACUUUCAAAAAAGAAAUUACACUGGCAGUUUCCAUGUUUUGUGUACAAACAUGUUUAAAAUUUGUGCCUGGUUUGAGGGAAUAUGCUUCCAUAGAAAAGAAUGGGUUCUGAGAAACCUCUAUUAGUCCAGUUUCAUCACAGCAGUGUUCAUGCCAUUAGACUUUUCAGUACAGUACAUUUACAGCUUAAUGUAUUCAGAUAACAGCAUCAUGGAGGAAUGAUUAUGUAAGAAAAUUUUAGUGGCAAUUAGUGGUUUAAGUAUUUACAGUCCGUAAUGAAUUUUAUAGAGUCCACAGUUUAUAAUAAUUUUAAUUGUAAUUAUUCUUGUUAUUACUGUUGCUGUUAUUGUUACUGAUCUAAUGCUGUAACAGUCAGAAAUAACAAUGAUGUAAAGACUUUCUCAUAGACGGACUUAUGUCCGCAAUCCAUUAGUUGAAUAAACCUGUGUCAUGUGAUCAUGUGAAUGGGCUUAGAGGUCUUGGAAAUGCGCUAAAUGUUACAUUAACUGAGAUUUCUCUCUCUCUCUCUCUCUCUCUCUCUCUCUCUCUCUCUCUCUCUCUCUCUGUAUCUCACUUCACUUUCUUGGUUUUUGCACACACACACACACACACACACGAGUGAGUGGUCACUUAAUCAUACCAACCCUUUUUUACUCUCGAGAGCCACAGAAGAGUCUGAUUUACGUUUAUAGCUUUAAGUAAAAGCAUUUAUUCUAUCUGUGGUACGAAGCAUGGUUUCUUGAGCUUGUCAUGACAACUGUAAUUAGCAAUACUGGACGUAUCAGGAGAAUAUUACCGGUUGAAUACUAUAAUAGAGAAAGGCAUUAGGUCUAGGCAAACACUGGUAAAGAAAGUUCCAGUAGCAUGUUCUCAGAGUAUUUGAUUAUAGUACUUCAUUUGCCUUGGUGUUCAAAAAAAGUAUUUAGUUGUUGGCCACAGGUAAUGUCAUAUUUGUCCAAGCUUUUUCUUUCUUUCUUUCUUCUGUUUUUCUGUCUUGGGAGGUCAAAGACUUUUCUAUAUAGAACAUGAGCAAUUUAUCUGCCCAGUAAUGCAAUCUGUUUUAACUGUCAUUUGUGAAUCAUUCAAUGGUGUUAUGUCUGUGAAAUGUGUAGAACAUUUUGGGUAAACUCAGGCAUAUGUUUUAGGUUUUAUUUAUUGAUUUGCUUUGGUGGAUAAAGCAAUGUAGCUACGUUGUUUUAUCAUAAUUGAGACUCCAGGUGUCAUUUGCGUACUAACUAGAAAGUUGCAUUUUCUGAACAGUGUUGGAGAAGUCGUAUGGAGCAACCUGUGCUAUCCAUUUUUUGAGGGCACUGUACACAGAUCCCUUUUGUCAUUUAAAUGUUAAGCUAGCCCAAUUCAUAUUCAGUGCUCACCAGUUUUUACAUGCUGGGUCAUUGCAUGUUUUAAAAGUGAAAUGACCACAUUAGACAGAAGGCAUGAUACUUAGUUAACACAAUCAUUACAGUGAAAAAACUGUUUGGUUGGAGCUGCAACACUUAAGAAAGGAACAAUAAGCUGUGGUUCUCAAGCAGAUUGAUACUUUGCCAAAGUCUUGGUUCAGCUUAAGGCAGCACUCUCAGCUCUGCAGUACCAUCUGUUAAUCUCACAAAUGGUACAGUUGUGCUUAGGGCUGUUCUUAGUUGCUUACAUUUCGCGAACAAAGUGGAUACAUCAUGACCUCUGAACCUAAUGAACUUACUAAAAAUUUACCCCACAUACCUCUAUUUGCUCUGCCUGUUACCAAGUAAAAAUGUGUUUCGGCAACUCAUGCAUUCAUUAAUUGUGCUCGCAAUAUGGAUGUACAAAAAUAAAAGUUACUAAUUUAGCAAUAUUUUGCAGAGAAUGUAAACUUUGUUGCAAUAAUUGUUCUAAACAACUCCAGAAGUUUGUCAUGAACAAAAGUUAAAGUAACAGUUUAGACUGACCACAUAGCAACACUAUGAAGUAUUAUCUGUCAAUCUGUAAACUCUGACACCAAUACAUAUUAACUUAAAAAACAUUAUUUAAUGUUGAUUGAACUGUGUGGUCACUGUCCAGCACUUAGACAUUUUAUAGAAUGAGAUAAAAUUCCAUCCCUAGUGUCAUGUGAUAGUCCGAACUCAGUGUUGUGUGUGCCCUUGAGAGAUGCAUUUCAGUGACUGUCCUAGGAAUCCUAAAGGAAUAUCAUGUAUAGCAACUGUUGGUAUCACCUGAAGAGGUACAGUGACCACUGUAAUGAAUAUUUACCUGAAGCAACCACAGGUCACGUGUAGCUCAAUUCUCAAUUACUUGUGUCUCCUGUGAGACGUGAGUGUUGGCAACUCGUUGAGUUUAAAAGCACCACUUGGUACCACAGUUACACACUUUCAUGAACAUGGUCAGAUGUGGUUGACUGUGAUGUUGAGUGCUGCAUUCAAUCACCCAGUGUGUUGCUACCAGGACAAUGUUUGUUUCGUGAUGCUCUUGUGUAACAGGCGAAACUGGUAGUAGUGAAUAAAAUUGUACCUGACCAGUGGCUGUUUUAUCUGAAUAUUGAAAGUGUAUCUUAAAUGGAUUUGUUAUGAAGGAAAUGUACCAUCUUUAAUGGCAGAAUAUCUGUUUUGGAUGUGUGUGACAGGAAAGAAAUGUAAAUUAUGUGCAGUUUGAAAUGGUAAUUGGUUCUGAAUGAGCAAAUUUCAGCUUUGUUUUAAAGCAUUUUAUCAUUCCCUUGCCAAUGAAGCUUUUUAAAGUAUGAAGUUUUUAAACGUUCAUCUAGGUCAAUAUAAACUUGUAUGCCAAUUACCAAUUCCAGUUUGUCUUACGGGUUUAUUUUAUUUGAGAAACUACUGUGACAGUGAAAGAAAGUAGAUGUAGAGGCACCUGCAAGAGUUGCUUUGUGUGAGAAAUUUAUUAGUUAUGUUAUUAUGCUAUGCGGAAAAUUAUGAAAUUGUUAUACUUAACAAAUUGAUCAUAGUUAAAACUGUCAUCAGUACAAGAAAUCUGAAAGAAACUUCACCAUUUAUAAACUGAUGUAUCUGCACUAGAAGCUAGAAGAAAACUGGGCUAAUUGUCCUAAGUGGAAAUAUGAGCAAUGUGAAUAAGUUGGGUAGCAUUGUAUGAGAACAUUUAUUAUCAAGUCCAUUUUUCAACACACUUGGCCCUUGGGUCAUGGUGUUGUGUGAAACAUCCUCUUCAUUACCGUCUUGGGUUUCUUCCUUUUGACAUUGACCCUGAAGAACUGUUUCUGAAGCCUGGGUAUCUUACCUUUUUAUGUUACCUGCUUUACAGUGCCUUUUUCACUGGGUACUGUUAUAUACAUGUAAUUUGCCUAAUCUUUCAUUUUUGGGAUUGUGUUUAAACCAAAUUCCUGAGACCUUCUUGUAAAGUGCUCCUUCGCUAGAAAGUAUUUUUCUUGGACUGAAAAAGUCUACACCUUACCUUAUCAGUAAUGUAAUGGCAUUCUAAUACCUAAAACAUUUAAUAUUUUUUCAGUGGCACCCACUUCUACAUUUCUUCAAGAUAUAUUGUAUAUUUCAUUGAAAUGCAUAUGGAUGAAUCUUCUUCCAAAUAUAUUAUGGCAUGAUCACAACACCUAUUUUGUAAUGUGUGCUGAUAAACAUGAAAAUACCACUAUUAGUCAUGCCAAAAAACAUGGCCUUUGAAAAAUGUUGUUAGUUAUUGUGAAUGUUUCAGCUUGCAGUCACAGAAAUGAAAAAGAUGGGUAACUGACCACAAGUGCCUGUUUUUGGCUAUUCACGGGGAGUUACGACAAGGGUUUUAUGUGUUCUUUGUCUGUACAUUGAGGAGGGCAUUGUGUACUUUCUCAUAAUUUGUAUGGGUGAUUAUGUACAUAGUAUUCGUUAAAAGAUAAUGCUGCACAGUUAAUAGAAACCAGUUAUUUCCAUAGUGCAUGAAUGACUUCCAUUUUUGAUAGUUUCAGUUUUAAUUUCAAACGGAAAAAACAUUAGUAUUACAAUAUGUGUUGUAAUCUUUCCAAAUGUGAUCUCUGUACAUAACUUUAAAAGGCACUUAAAAGUGAAGGAGCGGAUGGUGUCUGUGUGAAUGCAGGAUGUUCCCACUUAAUGUGAAGAUGGAAUUAUUUCAUAGUCUGGUAAUUGACACAUGGUCACCCUAUAUUUAACAGUGUUCAGGAGAGUUUUUGACAAUUUUAUUCAGGAGAAUAAUGCUUAUUUACAGUAUGAACAAUUCCGUUUUGUUACAUGAAGUUGUGGUGGUCAUUUUACAUCGAAAGUGUGUUCUGAGCUGCAAAAUAAUAUUUUUAUGUAGUGUGUUCGAACAGUAUGCUGUAGUUAAUUGUUAGAAGGUGACUGGAAACGCAUUAAUUAUAAACAAUCUGUGCCACCCUUUUCUCUGCAUUUGGCACAGAUUCCUACAUGUACAGUAUCAGCAACGGUCACUGCCUUUUAAAUAUAGCAAUGUAAUGUUCUCUUUCUUCAUAUCUGGAGACAUUAUUUUCGAUAAUUUUGCUGUAGCAAGUAAAUCUCUCCAGUAGAGUGAGAAAACCUUCUUUACAGUUUGUUGUAGAUGAAGAUCGCGAGCUUUGGCUGUGAAAAAAAUGGACUAUCACUGUAUCCCUUGUUUUCAAGUUGAUGAUUGUUUUGAGAAUUGAAUAAUUCUUAAUGUGCAUUAAUAUUUUAAUGAAGGAAAUCUUUCACUCAGCAUUUGGGGGGGGGGG